CUCCCAGGGCUGACUGUCUCACAUCCAGCUCCCAGGGCUGACUGUCUCCAGGUGAGACUCUCUGUGCUCCAUGUGCAGUAAGCCCCGCACCCCCUGAUCUGAUGAGGACCCCAGGACAGGAUCCAGGAGACAGAGAGUGCUGGGAGUGGAAAUCCCUGUAAUUCACUUUAUUAGAUUGCCUGGAGUUCAGGACUGGCUGCUGCUAUCUCGGAAACCCUUGUCUUUGGACUGUUCUUCCCAGGCAUAUUACAAGCAGGAAUCAUUGUGGUGAAGUUUACAUUAGAAUGUCCCCCAUUCCCCUCUCCUCACUGUCUGGGAGUCGCUGCAGCAGCUGAAUUAUGGAGCCUGGACGUGUACUACGUGCAAAGGACAUGAUCCCAUUAACAUGGAUGGUGUUCACCAGCAGGGAAAGCAUUUAAAGUGCAAGGUCCACUCAGAGAGACAGAGUCCAUGGGAUUAUAAGGUGGUGUCCAGUUUACAAGGCGCACACAUGGGGGUUGAAAGUAUCCCACAACAUCCUGUGAAGGCAUCUCACCCACCUUCUGAUGUCCACCCUUCUACCAACUCCCUGGACAGAGGGCACCGCUGGCACUCUCUGCCGGCCAGUGUGGGCAGUCAGCCUGCUCAAAGCAAAGAAGAGGUGGGUCACUUGGCCAGCAGAGUGAGUUCCUCUAGGGCACUUGGAUUGGCUAAUGGACUGAUAAGGAGUGGGCCUGUGGGCAACAGAGAACUGGUGGGAUCUUUGACAAGGGAGACAGAUGCCAGCCACCAGCAGUGCCAAGAAGUAGGGAUGCCCAUUAAUGGUAGGACAGAGGGCUUGUCGGUUAAAAGAAAGUGGGUAGAAAAUGGGUUGACUGCUGUUGAUGGUUUGAUAGCCGAAAAUGACUCUUUAGGAUUCCCUCCUAUGGAGGGCAAGAGGUGGAAGACCGAGGUACUAGGUGAUGCCCAAACUCAUCAGCAACCCAACAGCAUAAAGGAAGUAUGUCUCAACCCAAGAAACUAUGCCACCGUCGUGGCUCCUCAGCAAAUGGCUUUGGACUACAUUGCGCCAUGCAUGAGGUAUUAUGGGAUAUGUGUGAAGGACAACUUCUUGGGAGAGACGCUAGGGUCCAGGGUUCUCAAUGAAGUGGAGCUGCUGAAUAGCAGUGGGAAAUUUCGCGAUGGCCAGUUGGUCAGUCAGAGGACUAUCCCAUCUAAGAACAUCCGGGGAGAUCAGAUUGCCUGGGUGGAAGGGAAGGAACCUGGGUGCGAGAACAUUGGUGCACUCAUGUCUAGGAUAGAUGAAGUCAUCAUGAAUUGCAGCGGGCAGCUUGGGAGCUACAUUAUCAACGGCAGGACCAAGGCGAUGGUUGCUUGCUAUCCUGGCAAUGGGAUGGGAUAUGUGCGACAUGUAGACAAUCCGAACAGAGAUGGACGCUGCCUAACUUGUAUAUACUACCUUAAUCAGAACUGGGAUACAAAGGUUCAUGGUGGUCUCCUACAGAUUUUCCCGGAGGGCCGUUCAGUUGUUGCUAACAUUGAGCCAAUAUUUGAUCGUUUACUUAUUUUCUGGUCUGACCGGAGGAAUCCUCAUGAAGUAAAGCCAGCGUACGCCACGCGAUACGCCAUUACCGUGUGGUAUUUCGAUGCGAAGGAGCGAGCAGAGGCGAAGGAUAAAUACAGAUUAGCCAGUGGACAGAAAGGUAUUCACGUCCCCGUGUCCCGUCCUGGAGCAGUGUGAAGGAGGCCACUGGUCAUACUGUGCAAGACUCUCGGAGUGGCGGCUGAUAUUACCUUGGCAUGUGCUGAACAUUACGAGUCUGUAGCAUCAGCAGAUGGGAAUCCAGUGCCCCCACUGUUUGCAGCAUUGGAUAGUGAGAUAACUGUGAAUGGACAUCCCAGUGAACCACCAGUUUCUUGGAACAGUAAAUAUCUGAGCUAGAGUGCUACAAAUCAUUAUCAUUGCAGAGGAACUGGACCAACAUCUAUAACGUUUUAAGGGGAAAUUCAGUUAAUUGUCUUGGGAUGUUCAAAUCAGGGAAUGUGGUGGUUGACUAACUGAAGUCUCGCCGCAUUCCUUUUGAAGGCUUUUCCUGGUCUUGGCAGUGAAGGGUCAUUGAGAGAGAACUGGGUGGGUUUGGUGUAGGAUCAGGGACAGAUAGAAUUGACAACAGAAAAGUGCAAAACAGGCCAGUUUGGAGAUCUAAUGUGAGAACGCGGUACACAGCUAUAGGACACGAGCUAAAGCCAGAAUUCCCAAAGUGUUGACAUGUUGUCCCUCUUGGAAUACAGGGGGACAUGUCAUCACGCGAAAGCUGGGAAAGUGAUGGAGAUAGGAAUUGAGGAAUGAAGUCUCAGCAGGUGGUCGUAAUAGGAGAUCUAGGGUAAAUUAUUUUAGACACUUCCUGAAAUACUGCAUCAUUCAUGAACUAGGACAUCCUGUAAGGUUAGGAAAGAGAAGGCUCUGAUUUACAGUCAGGGCAGUUGUGAUGUGGAUUCUGCUGCCAGAUUACAUCAUUUUUGGAUGAUCCGGUAAAUAAAUUGGAAAAGUACUCCAUAUGUUAGAGAAGUGAGAAGCACAUAGUGCCAGCUUAGGUAACUUGGAUCCGGAUUAAAAUCUGAUUGACUCUGCAGGUGUGAAGAGUAUUUUACACCUUUAGGGUGAAUUAGUAGGAGCGCCAUUAUUUUUCUUUUCAUUUUUGUUGACAUAAGGGGUGGCAGGGCCUCUGGAGGUAGGAUGAUAUGAGAGAGCAAGAUGGAGUUAGUGAAACAUAUUGUAACCUGGGAGACGCCCCGCUACAUUGUAACCUGGGAGACGCCCCGCUACAUUGUAACCUGGGAGACGCCCCGCUACAUUGUAACCUGGGAGACGCCCCGCUACAUUGUAACCUGGGAGACGCCCCGCUACAUUGUAACCUGGGAGUCACCUAGCACACCCAGUACACCCUCGCUAUGAGAUACUCUGUGCGCCCUUUGUGUCCACCAGUAGGCCCAGUUCCAGGGAUCGGCUUAAUGCAGAGAAAGUUCUUAUAUUUUUAUAUGUCUAUCUUUUGUCCUCCUCAAACAGGGGUCAGAGAGCUACAUGUUGGUAUGAGAAAGAAAAAACGAUUUCUAUGUAAAAGCUGCAUUAAAGAUUACCUCAUUACACCUUCUA